AGCGGAGUGCCGAGCGGCAGUUAAGAAGUUAGCGUAGAGAUAGCGUGACGCCGCUAAACGCAGCCGGAGGUUUGUGCUGGGAUCCCGCAGCGGGCUCUGUGAAUUAAGGGAGACUGUGCAGUGCGGAGUGAAGCUGGACGCAGUAAACAGAAACACAGAGACACAGGUAGAGAACAAAAAUAUAAAUAUCUGUAGGAGCAGGGGACAGUGAAGUGGCACCCGAGGCCGGCGGGACGGGUGGAGAAUGGGAGAGAAUACGAGGGUUAGUUCCAGCGCUGCGAGCUCAGAUUGUCCCGAAAAGCCGGCCUUUCUGCUCCGGACGAAGCGGAUUUAAUACGAGCACCGACCCCAGGAACCACCGCCGCUCACACACGGAAAGAAAAUGGUGAGUCCAGGUGUAUCUCACUGGAACCAUGCUCAGCAUCAACCCGCUGGAGAACCUCAAGAUCUACAUCACUAACCGUCCACCCCUGGUCAUCUUCAUGGUCAGCGUGAGUGCUGUGGCUAUAGCAUUCCUGACCAUCGGUUACUUCUUCAAGAUCAAGGAGAUCAAGUCUCCAGAGAUGACAGAGGACUGGAACAUGUUCCUGCUGCGGUUUAAUGCCGUGGAUUUCUGCAUCUCGGAGAAUGAGACUCUGAAGCACGGGCAGAACGAGUCGACUACAGCAGAGAGCACUGUGACCAGCGGCCAGGCCCGCCUCGGCACACAGGCCCCGCCACCGCUUGAGGACCCAGGAGCCAUCAACAUCUCCGUCCCCAUCACCCUCACGCUGGACCCGCUGCGGCCCUUCGGGGGCUACUCCCGCAACAUCACCCACCUCCGCGCCAGCCUGCUGGGGCACCAAGUUGGCCUCACAGGUAGAGAAGCCCAUGAAGAAAUGAACAUCAGCUUCACCCUCCCUUCUGCCUGGAACUCGGAUGAAUGUGUUCUUCAUGGACACUGUGAGCAGGUGGUGUUCAGUACCUGCAUGACCAUCACAGCAGCCAGCAGUGUCUUCCCAGUCACAGUCCAGCCUCCUCACUGCAUCCCAGAGACCUAUACCAAUGCAACAACAUGGUACAAGAUCUUCACCACGGCUAGAGAUGCCAACACCAAAUACACACAGGACUAUAACCCCUUCUGGUGUUACAAGGGGGCUAUCGGGAAGGUGUACCACGCCCUGAACCCCAAGCUAACUGUUAUAGUGCCAAACGAUGACCACUCCUUGAUAAAUCUGCACCUGAUGCACACCAGUUACUUCCUCUUUGUGAUGGUGAUCACAAUGUUCUGUUAUGCAGUCAUCAAGGGACGGCCAGGCAAGGUGCGGCAGAGCAGUGCAAAUUUCUGUCCUGAGAAGGUAAUUAGAAUGCACAGUCCCAGUGUACCACCCAAGCACUGAAGAUGAACAGGUGUCCUCAGCGAAUCGAUUACACAGGAUGGCCAGCUAAUAUUCCUCUGUGAUCCACGAGAGCCCAAAGGCCAAUAAAGAGCACCCUGUGGACCCCCUCAGUCAAGAACUUGGGUGACCGGGAUUCAAUUCAGCAAGCCCUGGAUCGCUUGACUUGCCCUACACUCCAGUGCCUUUACUAAGUGAACCAUCUAGACAAACGUUAAUCUAGUUCUGCAGAUGAAUCCUCCAAUUACUGUACAAAAUAAAAAGAAAUGCACAGAUGAACCUAACUGUGUACAGCUAUAAAUAUUAUAUUUAGGGUAACCAAAUAGUUUUUGUUGUCACUUUUUUAUAUUAAACUGUCAGGUCAUCUCAUUAUUUUAGUCACAAUACAGUUUCAAGUGGUAUUUGUAUUUUUGGAUUUGGACCUCUGCUAAGGUUUCAUUGAGGCCCAUAUUGUUACUGUGAAUGUUUUUAGUUAUUUUACAGGGCUUGAAACUCACACUGGCCCUGCACUUAUUCCUGGAUUUGAGAACUUCACCUGUUGAUAUUAUUAAUAAAAUGACCAGGUGCCAGAAGUUUAACCAAUCAGGGUCUUGGUAAAUCUGCUUUGAACUGUUAACACUAAUCGCAGCACGAGUCAUAUACCUGAGCAUAUAGGGUAAUUGCUGAAAGUAGUUCAGCAGCUAUAGGGGAACAGAAAACUCGGGAUCAUUUAAAGGGUAGUUCUGAAUCCCAGGACUGGGUGCAGGCUAGUAUUGGUCAGCCAUGAGUAUCGCCUAAUUGUUUGUUUUCUGUCUUUAGGUUGCUCUGUCAGAAGCAUAAGAAGUCAAGUUUUGAAAUAAAAAGAACUUUUAAGACAAACUCAAACUGUUAUACUAGUUGCCUACUGAACCCAGAAGAAGGGUGCAAAGCUCUGUGAAUGCAUUACUCUGCAAUGUUGGGUUAUUCCAACCAAAGACAUUUCAAGUGCCUGUAUCUACUGUGUAAAUAUUCGUCUUUAAUUUGGUAUAAAAGGAUCAGCUGGAGUACUUCUUACUCUAUUACGAAGCCUGAUGCUACGCAUAAUAAUCUGUGGGUCUGCUCAGUUCAAAAGACCCAGCUUGUCAUUUUAUCAGAUGCUUCCACAGGUUCCCAGUCUGCUGUUUUAUCAGAUGCUUUCACAGGUUCCCAGUCUGCUGUAGUAGGAUGCAACUCACCUUUCCAGGCUCCUAUAAAAGAAUGGGGAAUAUAACAUAAUGCUUGUGGUCUAAAUCCAGGUAAAUCAAUCCAUGGUCUUGAUUGUAUAAUGGUGUUCAGCAAUUCCAGUCUGGUCUUUGGCAGUGAAACAAUCAGCCUAAUAGUGAUCUUUCCUGAAAUCAGAUUUUCAAAAGCACCUUUCUCUCCAGGUGAUAUUGGUUACCUUUAAUUCUAAUUCUAAGAGAAAUGGAGAAGUUAAAUGAAAAGGACAUUGGUUAAGGUUAGUCUGUAAGAUUUGUUAAGUGAAUAGUGUAAAUUAUUUUCAAAUUGUCUUUCUCCAGUGUGAUUUUUAUUUGCUGUAUUAGAAGUGUAAUUUAUUGUUUUCCUUCCACAAGAUGUUGUUUUUGAUUAAACUAAUCUGAAAUAAAAUAGA